CCGGUGAUACGAUGGAACUAUGGGGCGUGAUGACGUCAGAGUGCGUGACGCAGAUGUCAGUCUCCCAGGCAGCAGAUGAGACCGUUUGGCGAAGAUGGCGGACCCGCUGUCGUCAGGUCUGGGAGAGGAGCAGGAGAAGGAGAAGGAGGACAGAGAGAGGGACAAGAAGGCAGCCAAAACAGAGAACAUCAACGAGAAGGACGGAGUCACGGAGACGUUAGCGUUCAAUGAUAAAAAUGGCGGCAGUAAGGGCAAGAAACGCAACCUGUCAGACCUGUCUCUGGUCAGAUUUAUAACUACUGAGCUGACCAGAGGCUACUUCCUGGAACACAAUGAAGCCAAAUACACAGAGCGCAGAGAGAGGGUCUACACCUGCCUCCGCAUCCCCAAGGAGCUCGAGAAGUUGAUGACAUUUGGCUUCUUCCUCUGUCUGGAUGCCUUUCUCUAUGUGUUCACUCUGCUGCCCCUCAGGGUGAUUCUGGCUCUUUUGCGACUCAUCACAUUGCCAUGCUGUGGCCUCAGUGGCUCCCGCCUGCUCCAGCCAGCCCAGGUGUGUGAUGUUCUGAAAGGCUUCAUUAUGGUGCUGUGUUACUCUAUGAUGAGCUACGUGGAUUACUCCAUGAUGUACCACCUCAUCAGAGGACAGUCUGUCAUCAAACUGUACAUCAUAUACAACAUGUUAGAGGUGGCGGACCGCCUGUUCUCAUCAUUUGGCCAGGACAUCCUGGAUGCUCUGUACUGGACAGCCACAGAACCCAAGGAGAAGAAGAGAGCGCACAUAGGCGUGAUUCCUCACUUCCUCAUGGCUGUGCUCUACGUCUUUCUCCAUGCCAUCCUCAUCAUGGUUCAGGCGACCACUCUCAACGUAGCCUUCAACUCCCACAACAAGUCCCUGCUCACCAUCAUGAUGUCAAACAACUUUGUGGAGAUCAAAGGAAGUGUGUUCAAGAAGUUUGAAAAGAACAACCUUUUCCAGAUGUCAAACAGUGACAUAAAAGAGAGGUUCACCAACUACAUCCUCCUGCUCAUCGUCUGUCUGAGAAACAUGGAGCAGUUCUCAUGGAACCCUGACCACUUGUGGGUGCUGUUUCCUGAUGUAGUCAUGGUGAUUGCUUCAGAGGUUGCCGUGGAUGUUGUGAAGCACGCCUUCAUCACCAAAUUCAAUGACAUCAGUGCUGAUGUAUACGGGGAAUACAGAGCCAGCCUUGCCUUUGACCUUGUCAGCAGUCGACAGAAAAAUGCUUACACAGACUACAGUGACUCAGUAUCCAGAAGAAUGGGCUUCAUCCCCCUUCCUUUAGCUCUGCUGUUGAUCAGAGUCGUGACCAGCUCAGUGAAGAUCCAGGGUUCGCUGUCCUUUAUGUGUGUGCUGCUCUUUUACCUGGGGAUGAUCACUCUGAAGGUGCUCAACAGUAUCGUUCUGCUUGGGACGUCCUGUGUGUUCGUCAAAGAGGCCAACAUGGAAGAAAAGCUCUCGGACCCUCCUCCCUCUGUUGUCUCCAGCCGUGCAAACUCUAGAGCUCACCGCACCAAACACUUUCACACUUCACCACAGCAAGAACCCGCAACUGACAAAGGAGGAAUAUCACUGGCAGCAGACAAUCCUCCGCCUCCCAACAUGGCAGAGACCUCUGACCCAAUACUCCCCAAGAGCGACUCGGACACAUUCCUGACCACGCCUGACGAGGAAGAUGAUGACAAAAUCAUUAAUGCCGACACAGGACUGGAAGGGGACAGACUUGAACACAGAACGCCCAAGAAAGAUUUGCUGGAAAUAGACCGUUUUACCAUCUGUGGCAACAGAAUAGACUGAAUGUUGCUCGCAUAAAACAACACGUCAGUGUGUCCUGCUUGCUGAAACGGCAAGUUUCAGGGAUCAGACGCGGGUCAAGGAGCAUGCUCAGACCGGACAUAUAUUUGUGCACCUGACCCCUGGAGUAUUUAUUUAUUUAUUACUGACAAAACCAGCAAAGGCAUAACGCUGUUACUUCAAGCAUCAGAGGCCGCUUCAGAUGUUUCCAUCUAGUCCAGUCGAUGCCUCGUGAACCAGGUCGACUUUGAGGAUGGGUCGUGGUUGCCAUGGCGACCUGCACACAUGCUUGCUGAUGGCGAUGAUGGGUCAAAACUGGCAUGCAGAGCUGGAGCAGAGCACGAAGAGUGUGAAAUAGUACAACAUGGGUCGCUGUGUGAUCACAGGAACAUGACAGCUGGACUGUGCAAGUACGUGUUCAAAAGCACAAUCGUGUACAGCGCAGAGUUGUUUUUAGAAAGAACAAAACUUUUUAAAAACAAAUUUUGAUUUUGAUUUGAAUAUUUGAAAUGAAGUUUUUAUUAAGAAUAUUAGAAUAUAAUUUUUUUUUCUAAAAUCGACCUGCAGGCCUAAGACUCACAAUCACGUAAACACAUUGUUGAAAUCUCCAAAUUGCUCUGCAGACACACACUCCCCACCAACACACAUUUUAAAAAGACCUUGUUUAAAGUGAGCUACUGUGAUGAGCCCAGAUGUCCAUAGCUUUCAGACAUGGCAGCAGUGACACUAAGUACAAUCAUAUGUGCAAUGGCUUUGGUCACAGAGGUGACUUUAUCUAUUAGACACGGAUACAAGUUUGGAGGUUUUAGUAUCAAGCAAUUUGUAUUGAUAUUGUUACUGAGAUAAGAUGGUGCCUGUUUGUAAAGACAGAAGUAUUUAUUUUGAAGUGGACUCCAAGCCCAACAAGUUUGGAAGAUAUUUAAUUUUUUUCAUAUUUUUUUCCAAUAUGCUUCAUGUGUACACUCAUUCAAGCAUGUAGCCCACAGAUAAUCACGUCCUGGUGUAACACCAUUGUGUUCUUGGUCUUGUUUCAAAUUCAUGGUGUGUAACACUGGCAUACCACCAUCAAGUUAACAUGUUUUUCAAUUCUUUACCAUUAUCUUGACAGUGAUAAAAAUGAUUCAGAUUACAUGUAUGCAGGUGAAAUGUUCGAGUAUGCCUGAAGGCUAAUGAGGGUGAAUCACCUGUCAAUAACAAGAAUCAAGAAGGAUCAUAUCAG